AUGUCUGGUCUUCCAUUUUCUUGCUUUGCCUUCCCUUUGAGCCAGCUCAUUAAUAAAUCAUUAACUGUGCUUUGUUUUUUUUUUUUUGCAGAGGAUGUAAUGCAGACUACUUACUGUGAAAUUGACUUGGACAAAGGAAGAAGAGAUGCGUUUGUGUAUGCUAUCAAAAAUCACUAUUGGUACCAGAUGUAUAUUGAUGACUUGCCAAUAUGGGGUAUUGUGGGAGAAGCAGAUGAAAAUGGAGAAGAUUAUUACCUUUGGACUUACAAAAAACUUGAAAUUGGUUACAAUGGAAAUAGAAUUGUAGAUGUCAACCUGACCAGUGAAGGAAAGGUGAAAUUGGUACCGAACACAAAAAUUCAGAUGUCAUAUUCAGUGAAAUGGAAGAAAUCAGAUGUGAAGUUCGAGGACCGAUUUGACAAGUAUCUGGACCCAUCGUUCUUUCAGCAUAGAAUUCACUGGUUUUCAAUUUUCAAUUCUUUUAUGAUGGUGAUCUUUCUGGUUGGCCUAGUGUCUAUGAUAUUAAUGAGAACUUUGCGAAAAGAUUAUGCAAGAUACAGCAAAGAGGAAGAAAUGGAUGAUAUGGACAGAGAUCUAGGUGAUGAGUAUGGGUGGAAGCAGGUCCAUGGGGACGUGUUUAGACCAUCCAGUCAUCCACUAAUAUUUUCCUCGCUUAUUGGUUCUGGUUGUCAAAUUUUUGCAGUGUCUCUUAUAGUCAUUGUUGUUGCAAUGAUAGAAGAUUUAUACACAGAGAGAGGAUCAAUGCUUAGUACAGCUAUAUUUGUUUAUGCUGCAACAUCGCCAGUGAAUGGAUAUUUUGGAGGAAGCCUUUAUGCUAGACAAGGAGGAAGGCGAUGGAUAAAGCAGAUGUUCAUUGGAGCCUUCCUUAUUCCGGCAAUGGUGUGUGGAACUGCCUUCUUCAUUAACUUCAUUGCUAUCUAUUAUCAUGCUUCAAGAGCUAUACCCUUUGGAACUAUGGUGGCAGUGUGCUGUAUUUGUUUCUUUGUCAUUCUUCCAUUGAAUCUUGUUGGUACGAUUCUUGGCCGAAAUCUGUCGGGACAGCCUAAUUUUCCAUGUCGUGUCAAUGCAGUGCCUCGUCCUAUACCAGAGAAAAAAUGGUUCAUGGAACCAGCUGUUAUUGUUUGCCUAGGUGGAAUCCUCCCUUUUGGAUCAAUUUUUAUUGAAAUGUAUUUCAUUUUUACUUCAUUCUGGGCUUACAAGAUCUACUAUGUUUAUGGCUUUAUGAUGUUGGUUCUGGUUAUCCUCUGCAUUGUGACAGUUUGUGUGACCAUUGUUUGUACGUAUUUCCUGCUAAAUGCAGAGGAUUACAGGUGGCAAUGGACAAGCUUUCUUUCUGCGGCAUCAACUGCGAUUUAUGUUUACAUGUACUCCUUUUACUACUACUUUUUCAAGACAAAGAUGUAUGGCUUGUUUCAAACAUCAUUUUACUUCGGUUAUAUGGCAGUAUUUAGCACAGCUUUGGGAAUAAUGUGUGGAGCUAUUGGUUACAUGGGAACAAGUGCCUUUGUUCGUAAAAUCUACACUAAUGUGAAAAUUGACUAAGGAAAUAUGAAAAUAGAACUAUGGAUCAGCUCCUGUUUUCAUGGGGAUGAACUUGCACAUGAAAAAGCGCGAGAAGAGAUUUGGGUUUUAACACUGGGCACUAUAUGGGUCUCCAUUUUGUGGAUGGCUUAAAGUAACAUCUAUUUCAUUGAUCCUAGGUUCUUACUGACUGCUUUCUCCAACUGUUCACAGCAAAUGCUUGGAUUAUAUGCAGUAGGCAUUACUACAGUACGUGGCUAAUCUUCCCAAAAACAAAAAACAUAAAACAAAAAACCUAGCUCAUUAAAGAUGAAUAGACUAGCUCUCUUCAGUGAAGAGGACAAACGGUUUAUUUAAAGCAUUUGUUCCAUUCAAUAAAAAGAGGGAAACUUGGCUGCUAAAACUACUUGAUUAGUAGUCUUCCUGGUACUUAACAUUUCUAAAUUAUGUAAAAAUGCCGUUCCAGAAAGAUUACUCUUCUGAUUUUUACUGCCAUUGCCAGGAUAGGAGGUAUGUUUUAUAUUUUGACUCCAGGUGCUUUUUGGUUUAUUUGCGAUAUCAACUAUACCCUACACUCAUUUGUUUAAAAAAUAAUUUAAAACUAUAUAGAAAACCCAUAUGCAUGUAAUAUAUCAGCUAUUGUUCUAGUUGGACCAACUUCCCUUUAUUUAUCUUUAAAGUAAUAUCCAGCUACAUCUUAAAUCCAUCCAAAGAAAAUACAGUCUGAAGACGGGAUGUGUUCUCUGCAAUGCAAUUUACUGUACAGUUAGAAAGCAAAAUGUUAAAUGAAGAGGAUUGUUUUUUAAUAAACAAUUUGAGGUCUAGAUUAAAACAAAACCAACAUUUUAACUGAAUGUCUAAAGUGAUUCUCCUUUUUUCCAAGUUAGUCUUGCCUUUUUUUUUUUUUGUUUGUUUUUUUUUGGGUUUGAAUGAUUUUCCUUUAGACAUUAUACAAGGGGUAAUAAGUGUAUAUAACAUUAAAUAAUGUAACUUAGGUGUAGAUCCCAAAUGUAUUUGGAUGUACAGAUUUACUACAGAGUACUUUUCUGAUGAUUCGGUGUAAAAAUGUGUGAAUUUGGGUGGCUUUUUACAUCUUGCCUGCCAUUGCAUGAAAAGUUGGGGUUUCUUCACAAUGUGUGUAUGUCAUGCUUUUCUGUUCUAUUUCCUUUCUCAAGCUCUUACAGGAAUUAAAUUUGUAAUUUAGAACAUUUUAAUUUUUGUUAAUCCUAUCUGGACACUUGUGUAACAUCAAAAGCACAGUUGCUUUAGAGUGUUCAGAGAACUAAAAUAAACUUUUCAGACAAAAA